CUAACUGAAAAGAAACCACCAAAAGCCUCUCCUAGUUGUCAAUUUAUAAACUGCAUAGAUUCUCUUUAUAGCGCAAAUUUCUCCGUUCGACAUUUUACUCUUCAACUGCAACUUGGCAUCCCCUUGAGCUACAGAUGCCGUCAAAUUUUACUCCGCCGAGCUACAAAAGUGCAAAUGUGCCGACAACAGUAGCAUUGCUUGCAGGAGUUGGCGUUGCAACUGCAGCCGUCGGCUUUUUAGCCUUGUCAGCAUCCGGAAUCUAUUUAAACCAUUCUAACAGUCGAGACCACUCGCGUACUUUGAGUCGCGCAACCGUACACCUCGCUGACAUCCGAGACGAAAUCCGACACAUCAGACGACUGGCGGAGAACUACCCAGGAUUCCGACUCCUGCAACCCGCGGCGGCUUCUCACAAUCACGUGACCACUCAUGUACCAAGUGGGGCUGAAAGUUACAGACAAGAUUCCAGAACUAACGAAGAACCAAGUCGCAAGUAUGCGGUUAACAAUUCGACGCCCGGCUAUGAGCAAUCCUCAGGUAGAAAGAGCAGUUUCAGAUAUCCUUCGAACAGUCGAGGAGAUCAGCAUUCGUCAUCUAUUCGGAGUCCCUUCUUGAGCCCGACUGCUUCUGAUUACGAAGACGCUUACUCGGUCAUAGCGGUGGCUUCUAAAAACACAUCCAGUGAAGAUACCACUCAAAUCGGUGCGACCAAAAACAACUUAGGUCAUUUGAGCAAAGACCACAAUCUUAACGGAACUGUGCAAACGAAACCAACUGAAACUUUUGGAGAUUUCUUCAAAAUUGUCGACGACAUGCAUGAAUCAAGUGAGCAGAAAAAAUUGGAAGCAUAUGAUAUGUUACAGACAAAGUUUCGAAAUUUUCCAGAAAACCCAGAAAUACUGUGGCGCUUAGCCAGAUCUCUCGUUAUAGUUGGGGAACUUGAGGAACGACAGGGAAACCGAGAGAAGAAGCGGGAGGCCCUGGAAAAAGGCUUGAACCUCACAGAAAAAUGUCUGGAGCUGAAUUCAAGUGCGGACGGUCACAAAUGGUUUGCAAUUAUUUCUGGAAUGUUGGGCCAGUACCAGUCAGUAGGAGACAAGAUCAAAGGCGGGUACUUAUUCAAGGAACACAUUGAGAAGGCUAUUCAGAUCAGACCCUGUGAGAGUUCACUGCAUCACCUGUUGGGUCGGUGGAGUUUUGAGGUCUCCCAACUGGGGUGGGUGGAGAGAAAGGCGGCGUCUGCUUUCUUCGGAACCCCGCCGACAUCCACAGUCGAGGACUCUUUGAAGUGCUUCAUGAGAGCAGACGAACUUGAGGAUAAUGUGUGGAAAGACAACAUGUUGUGGAUCGCCAAGUGUCUCCUGGCUCUCAAAAGGGUUCCAGAGGCUGUGCAGUGGGUAGAGAGAGCCCUGGAUGCUAAGAGUAUGGAUUCUGAUGAUCCAAAAAUCAUCAAGGAACUGAUGGCUAUCAAAAACAAGUACUCAUGACAAACCUUCAAUUUUU